AAAGCGAAAGGAGAGAAGGAAUCCGAUCCAUCCAAGCCAAGCCAAGGCAGAGAAGAAGAAGAGGAGGAAGAAGAAGCAUCGGCAGCAUGUCGGAGGGGACUGCCAACUGCGUGGACAUCCUGAUCGCCAUCAUCCUGCCUCCGCUGGGGGUGUUCCUCAAGUACGGGUGCGGCCACGAGUUCUGGAUCUGCCUCCUCCUCACCUUCCUCGGCUACAUCCCCGGCAUCAUCUACGCCAUCUACGCCAUCACCAAGAACACCUAGCUAGUCAUCCUUGCCGACGACGAUCCAUGUCUCUGUAUCUGUGUCUGUUCAUAUGCCUGAUGCCGACUUGUGCUGUAUGUAGUUGCUUGAAUUCAGUCGUGUUCCUGUUUUGCUACCGUACCCACCCCAUGCAUCAUCUGUCACCGCGACGCAAUAAUCAUAGUAAUAACAAGUUCAGAU